AAUGGCAGGGUUUGGUAAAGUGCUGGCCAGCCGAUGCAGUGCGUAGGGCCAGGUGUCCACGGCGACGAAAACAUGAACGGGGCGGGGGAGCAGGUUGACAUCCUGCCCUCCAACUGCUUGGUAAAAGAGCGCUGGAAAGUGCUGAAGAAGAUUGGGGGUGGAGGAUUCGGGGAGAUCUAUGAGGCCUGUGACCUGUUGACACGGGAGAAUGUGGCUCUUAAGGUGGAAUCCGCCCAACAGCCAAAACAAGUGCUAAAGAUGGAGGUUGCUGUGCUAAAAAAACUACAAGGAAAGAAUCAUGUUUGCAAAUUUAUUGGAUGUGGAAGAAAUGACAAGUUCAAUUACGUGGUCAUGCAGCUGCAGGAAAGGAAUCUCGCUGAUCUCAGGAGGAGUCAGCCUAGAGGGACGUUCAGUAUGAGCACGACUCUACGGUUGGGGAAACAGAUUCUGGAGUCUAUUGAAGCCAUUCACUCUGUGGGCUUCCUGCACAGAGACAUUAAACCUUCUAAUUUUGCCAUGGGCCGAUUGCCGUCUACCUGUAGGAAGUGUUACAUGCUGGACUUUGGUUUGGCACGACAGUACACUAAUACGAAUGGGGAGGUGCGGCCUCCCAGGACAGUGGCUGGGUUCAGAGGGACAGUACGCUACGCUUCCAUUAACGCUCAUAAAAACAAGGAAAUGGGUCGUCAUGAUGAUUUGUGGUCAUUGUUUUAUAUGCUGGUAGAGUUUACUGUUGGACAAUUACCAUGGCGUAAGAUAAAAGAUAAGGAGCAGGUAGGACAGAUUAAAGAGCGCUAUGAGCACAGGAUGCUGUUGAAACACAUGCCUGCUGAGUUUCAUAUCUUCUAUGACCAUGUGCUGGAUUUAGAUUACCACACCAAACCUGAUUAUCAGUUGCUAAUGACAGUAUUUGAGAACAGCAUGAAAGAGAGGGUUAUUACAGAAAAUGAGCCUUAUGACUGGGAAAAAUCUGGAACAGAUACGGCCCUCCCCACCAGCACACACACGCCACCACAACAAAACACACGGCAAACUGCUGCCAUCGUGGGGGUGGUGAAUGUGACGCCGGUACCUGGUGAAUUACCGAGGGAAAACACUGAUGAUGUUCUGCAAGAUGAACACCUGAGUGACCAAGAGAAUGCUCCACCUGCUUUGAUACCCAGCAGGCCAAGAGAACCUCCUCCAGCCCCACCUGCUGGUGAAGGAUGGGAUGAAACUGACUUCAACCGUAACAAACUCAGGAUCAGCAUCAGUAAGACACAAGUAGCAGCAGAGGAUGGGGAGGAGCCUGCAGGAGGAGGGAGGUCCGUUUCCCCAGCAAAGGGUGGAGAAGCAGAAGCUCAGGCCCGCCCUCCAAGGUACCGGAGAGUCAAUAGCCCAGAAUCUGACCGCCUGUCUGCUGCAGAGGAUAGAGGCGAUGCCGCAGAUAAACGCUCUCGUUUGGACAUGCUGGGUUCUCCAUCCAGGCACGUCUACUCUUCCCAGCCUGCUCAAAUGCUCUCUUUAGAAGCUGGACAGGGAGAACGAUUGGCCGGUGGCCACCAUGAUGUCUCUGCAGACGGUGACCAGGAAGCCCACAGCAAUGCCUUCAUCCGCUCAGUCCCGCUGGCAGAGGAGGAGGACUUUGACAGCAGGGAGUGGGUGAUGAUUGACAAAGAAACAGAGUUGAAAGACUUCCAUCCUGGGGCAGAGCCCACCACCUCAGGCACCACGGAUGAGGAACCAGAGGAAUUACGCCCCCUUGAGGACCACGAGGAGAGGAGAAGGAAGGGACAUAUGCAUGGAAUGGGCGGAGCUGAGGCUGUGGUACGACCCAAAACGCAACGUGGGAUGAUGAUUGUAGCAGAGGAGGAGGGGGCGGGACCGAGCCCCGCCCAUUCACCUUGUCACUCGUUGCCUCAUACCUGCCCAAGAAGGAGGGAGUCGGAGCCAUUUGGACCUGAAGGACCGGCUGCAGUGGCUGAACCUUCGCCAUCUUCCUCUCAGGCGCGUCUAAAGCGAGUCGACUUUGUGUCUGGUGUGUUGAUGUUUGACGAUCUGAGAGAGGAGGGUGCGAAGACUGGAGGCUCAGGCAGUGACGGAAGCCCUCGGAGUAGCGAGGGAAGCCCAGAGGGUGCUGUGUCCACUCUACUCGCCCCGGCCCACCGGGACCACGAACAGGAAGAGGGCUCACGCACGCUGGUGCUUGUGUCUGCCGGUAACGGGCAGGUUUCACCUGGAGACGGGCAGGGAACUCUCGCCGUGUUGACACCGCAGGGAGAGCGACCCGUGCCGGAUGAAUCUGAACCCGGGACUCUCUCCUCCUUCAUUAAGUCAGAGCCCAGGCCUAUCGUCAUGACAACUGCAGCUGUGAUCACCAGCGGUUCUUCCUCACCGCCGUUCACCAAGGUGGAACGCACUUUCAUCCACAUUGCUGAGACGACGCAUCUCAAUGUCAUGACAGCCAGACACCGUCCACCUGGACUGGAUGAGCUGAUAUCUACUGAGCGUGAGGAGAUGAGUGGAAAGAAAGAGGAGAGGGAAAGGGUCAGUGAUCGAGAGCAAAAGGAAAGUGAGGGGAUUACAUUAAAAAGAGAAGAGGAUGAGGGGGAAAAGGAAGAGAGUGAAGCUGAAGAAAAAGUAAAUAAGAGUGACAGAGGGAAGGCAGAGGCUUUGUUUUUAGUUGAGUUACAUGACCAGCCGGAGACUACAGUUAUUGAGGAAGAAGUUGUCUCCAAAGAUGCCAAAAUGGAAGCCAGACCAGAUGGGUUCACACCAGAAGUAGAGCAGCAAAUGGAACAGGAGCAGGAACAAAGUCCAUUAGUCACACCUGAACAAAACAGAGAUGCAGUGGUGGAGGAUGAGAAGUAUAUGUCUCCACCGAGGGCGGAGUCACCUGAUAGAAAGCCACUCUCGCAGAGGCGGAGCCGUAUCCCUGUGCUUAUGUCAGAGGAGGAAACAGGCUCGGACAAGUCUUCGCAGAUGAGUCAAGAGCAGUUGCAGCGAACUCGCAAAAGCCGACAACAACAGCUGGCUCGUCUCGUCCUGGAGCGUAAACAAACCCACCUGAUUCGUUCUCACUCCGCCUCCUCGCACUCCCCAACACUCUCAACCACUGCAUCUGAAGAUGAAACCCACCAAUCAGACGACUCGGCGAAAGGAGAGAGAGGAGCAGAUGGGAGAAUUAGGAGCAGGAUCCCUCGUCCAGUCACACCUAUCAGGGGGUCAUCUGACCAACUAGGGGGCACGACCCUUCCACAAACCCAGAGAUCUGUGUCUUUCAUUCAAUACAGAACCAAGAGUUCUGUCAAUCCAAGGAUUCAAAAGUCUACAAGUCUGCACACAAAUAUCCAUCAGCAGCCACCUAAACCUCAGCUCCGUCCCUCUAAAACACUUCCACCCCGUCCUCCAUCUUCAGGCCCAUCCCACUCACAGGGAAGUCGGACCACCACAUGUACCAUUGCUCGUACCUCAGCUCUUAAUUCCACCCGGAGCAUCAGCACCUCUCCUCGGAGCAACGCCACCUCUCGCACUGACAGCCCUUCGCCUCAACGCAUUCGCCGACAGCCUGCAGCCAAUGAAAUGCAACGAAAGCCCAAACCUCCUUGCCCGUCGCAGUCCAAAUCCAAACCUCAGGAUUCCACCCCCAAAAAGAUCAAAACUCUCCCAUCAGCCUCAUCGCAAACGGCAAAGAAAGAUUCAAUGGAAUCAAAGACUAAAACAAGAUAAUUAAGACUUCAUUCCUGCAGGUGAUCUUCAUCCUCAGCAUCAUCAUCAUCAUCACAAUCACUCUCUGAAUCAUCAGUGUUGGACUGUACUUCUCAUUAAACACAACAAACUCAACCAAACAAUCUGGAUGAACGUGUUCGUUAUCAGCCAAGUGACUGCAGCAGCUACGAAAUACCUCUAAUGAGGAGAAACUCGUGACAUUUACACACACACAGAGAGUUGUCAUUAAUGAAGUGUGUUGGACAGAUGAACACACCUCAUAUGCCUUAAACCUGCAAAGGAAAUAAUUGCUGCCAUCACAACAAAGCUUCCACAGACUCUACCCUCCUGUUCACGGCACAAAUGCCACUAUCUUGUUCAAUAAUACAACCAAUCUCAUUGUACACAUUAGAAUCGGAUUCUACUGCAACUUUAAAGCUUUUAAAUACAUUACACUACAUGCUAUUUAUUUGAAUUGAAUAUCACUUCCAAAACACAUUUUGGACCAACAUCACAAUAUCAGAAUUGGGAAAAAAUAGCUUUAUCGAAACUUACAAAAACCGAAUAGGUUUCAAAAGUCCCAAAUGUACUGAUUACUCAACUAGCUGGCGUUUGGGACAGACUUUUUCUAUCAAUUUCUGCUGUCAAUUUGUGUGUGCUAAAAUUGGUAUUUAUCUCAAAAAAUAAUAAUAAUAGUCAUUUGCUCCAAAACUCUGUGGUUCUAAAUACCUAAAUGUAAUCUCUACACAGAACUAAAAUGACUAACGUUGCUGCUACAGUUUGAUGUCAAUCAUACAAUCAUCUUGGCCCCACCUACUGUCUCUGAUUGGGUUAAUCCAUCCGUGACACUCAUCUGCUAAAUUUAUUUGUAACCGGAUCCCAGGAAAUUUGGAAAUGCUUGUCCGCUUCGGUUUAUUGUCUUUUGCAUAACUGUAGAUAAUGUAAGCAGUACUUUUGAAAAACAAAUUUAUAUUUUUGUCCCAAAAAACAACGUAGUCUACAAAAAAGAGUAAUGGAUAAAAUAGGAUUAACUUAAUUGCAUUUGUCUCAGUCUCAGGCUGAAAAUACACCAUUCUGAUCUGUAUGCAAACUUUACAGUUCAAAGAAUGCUUGAGGAAGCUGAAUGAAGGUCGAAGAGAACAUGAAAGCUUCUCAAAAAUCUGACACACCAAGGAGAAUGAAGCAGCAGGAACCAAUAAUGUGUGUUAAAGCAGCAUGUCUGCGGCUUGUAAGUGAACUCUAGGAUGUUAUUUUUAUGCAGUACUGCUAUUACGGAGUAUCCACAGCAUGUGUUCAAAAGCUGGUAAUCUGAUGUGGACUUCAGAUGAUUAAGGUGCUAUCAAAUAGAGUUUCUUCAUGCCUGCUCUAGUCAUUGGUGGUGUUUUUUUCUGUCCUGUGCUUGGAUUAAAACCCGAACAUCCAUGAAGAUUGUCAAAUCAACGGAAAAGAAAAAUGUCCUUAGUGCACACUAGCCAGUGUUAUUUGUGAUUUAACUUAAAGGGAGUGCUUCAUUUGGACCAUGUCCAGUGCAGAACCAUUGCAUGCUGUUGUUUGGAUGAAAUCACAGGAAAAUACUUUCUGUGGUAUUUUCCAGAAUGUUCCAUCUGCGGAGAACCCCAAAGACUCUCUGCUCUUAAUACCAACAAGAUUCAAGGAAGGACACCUCCUCCUGGUUGGUUAUCUCUCUUCAGUGUGUUGCUUUGAGAGAGAAUUUGCAUGAAUAUGCUUCAUGAAUCUUGAUUAACUAACUUAUACUACGGAGCAACCUUUCUGAGUUAUACAAUUAAACAUUAUUGAAAAUGAUCAAGGAUGCCAUUCAAUAAAUGCAAAUUCCAUCACUGUUUUGGAUGAUGGUUUGUGUCUUUCUUGCCAGAAAAACUCAGUGGAUGUUCUG